AUGGAUGAGAAGACGCCAACACCGAGUGCCUGUUGGCCUUAUCCAAGCGACGACUUCCAGAAUGGAACCAAUGCAUUAAAUACCGCCAGGAUAGCGAGCACUAUUGGCCGACUCACGUCACAACCAAACCCAAUCGCUGGCCCUACAGCUGCACAAGAAAAAAUGGCCGCGACGAAUGAGUCCGACUGGAUUGAAUUGACCAGACGUCCAGUCGCCAAAUCAGGAUCUACCGACUGCGAUUUGGUACCUUCGAGGGCUGGCCAAUCGGCGAGCUGGAUGCCCUCUGGCGGAGCGAGGUGUCUGGAUGGCAACGUCACUCUUUACCUGCCGAUCUGCAGACUAUACCAGACCGACCUGCCUGGAAGCAUCGAGACGAAACUCACGAAUACGUCGACAAGAGGCACCUCAGAAUGCGUUGCUAAGAGCCUCAAUGAGGCUACUGGUACAGUUCGCAGCUCCCGACCUUUCGGAUGGUUGUUGCGAUUUUGCGCCAGGGUCAGGCGUGAGUUCCGUGUCUUCUGCGAGAACACCACCAUUCGAGGAGUCCCACGCAUCGCGAAGGCCAAGUCGAAGCCGAUUCUCAGUCUAUGGCUCACUUUUGUCCUUUUACUUUUUGUCGGUCUCUUUGUUUGUAUGUUCUUUCUUGCCCGCCAGUACCUCGAGUACGACGUCAUCCAUCCGCCCAGAGUAUUGAGAGAUGCCAAUUCACCGUUUCCAGCCCUGACAUUCUGCAACCUACGACCUUUGAAGCCCGCUGCCAAGACAUUUAUCCAAAGAUCUGGCUGGCGCGAUCCACGUCAGUUUAGUCAGCGUUUGAAUGAGUAUGCCGGUGAGCUGUUGUUCAAGGCCAAUCGGAAGCCGGACUACCAGCGGAUGAGUGUGGCGAUUUCGAUGGGAUCAUACCUCGCCAGCCUAGGAGAGCAGUACUACCAGGAAAUGGGGCACACACUCAACGAGUCAAUCAUCCAGUGCCAGGUCAGGGGCUAA